AUGGGUCCAUCCAUUGUGCAUCCUUAUUAUUCCAGAGCAACUCACGUAAACAACCCAAAAGAUAUCACAAUAACUACGCUAGUAACAAAUGAUCGUUUCCCUCUACUAAGCAGAUUAGCGUCCAGAUAUAAAGGACCCAUAUCAGCAGCGAUCCAUAUCAACGAUAAUAGCCAGAAAGAAGAGAUUUUAGCUGAACUUAAAGAGAUUAUCAGCAGUAAUUCUCAUGUCAGACGCUAUGUCGAUAUCCAUCUCAUCAUUGACAACUACGAUCGACAAUUGAACAUGUGGAGAAAUACCGCCAAACUUUACGCACGUACAGACUAUAUUAUGAUGCUCGACAUUGACUUUUAUUUGUGCACGGACUUCAGAAAUGAAAUACUGACUAAUGAUACCCUUCUGCAACUGCUCGACAAUGGCCAUAGUGCGCUCGUAAUCCCUGCAUUUGAAUAUAUCCUCCAAUCAGACGGCUUUGAUUACAGAACAUUUCCGAAAUCAAAAGAUGCUUUGCUGAAGGAAGUGCUGAAUGAAAAAAAACUGGAUAUGUUUCAUCGUAGCUGGAUCAAAGGUCACUCUGCUACCAACUACAGAAAAUGGUACGGAGCUGAUCAGGUAUAUAAGGUUGAUGAUUACGAUUUCUCGUACGAGCCCUAUGUGAUCUAUAAGCGAAAAGGCUCUCCUUGGUGUGAUGAACGGUUUAUUGGUUAUGGUGCAAAUAAAGCAGCAUGCUUAUAUGAGAUGUAUAUCUCGGGUAUUGACUAUUACGUUCUUCCUGACGACUUUUUAAUACAUCAAUCGCAUGAUUAUCCGGAAACAACUCGUCGAAAAGAGCGUUCAUUCAACCGAAAGAUUUACGCUAACUUUAGAGAAGAAAUUUGCCUUAGAUAUGCGCGUCAAUUUAUGGCCAACGGAGAGUGGGACACUUCGCUAGCAAAUAAUGCAAAGUCUGCAUGUGGCAGAAUCAAAGAGUUCAAUCAUGUAAUUAAGAAUAUUAAUCAAUAA